AUGUGCAACAGCCAGGGGGCGCUGGAGCAGCAUGGGAAACCGAGGAUGAGGAAGAGAAAACCGGAAGUCAAACCCGGGCCAUUCUCGGAGCCUGGACAGGAUAUGGUGAUGUUAAUGAGGGAGUUUCUGGCUGGACAGCAACGCCGGGAAGAAGGGUUGCUGGUAGAACUCCGGAGGCUGGGGAAUGCUCAGUCUAACCCUCCCGGCAAGGCGCUGGAGGCGUACUCUGCCAUGGACGAGGAGAGAGCCCACUGCUACCGGGACUUAAAGGAGGCCCUGUUGGCAAAAUUUGAUAUUUCACCCGAGACCUACCGCCAGCAGUUUCGCUCCUCUACUCUACCAUCUGGAGAGAGCCCCACGGAGACCUAUCAUCGUCUCAGAGGUCUCUAUCGUCGCUGGAUACGGCCCGAGGAGCGGACCAAGGAGGAGGUCGGCGAGGCAAUCAUCAUGGAGCAGCUGCUGCGAGUUUUCCCCUUCGAGGUGCGGACCUGGGUGAAGGAGCGCGAGCCCGGCGAUGGACUCACCGCUGCAAAGUUGGCCGUGCAGUACCUCAACGCGCGCAAAGGAGGACCUGCCCGGACCGGCACUACAGCUCAGCGUGGGCCAGCUCAGCCGCUUCUCUCCAGACCACCCCGGCAGGACAGCUACCCAGAUCGGCAAGACCAGCCCUAUCUUGUGAGUGUGGGUGUGGUUGAAAACUUACCAGUGGAUGCUAUUCUCGGUUGGGAUUUACCAGUUCUCAUGGACCUGUUGAACGAAAAAGUGUCUGAGGAAAGUGACUCUGGGGGGAAUAGUAACUGUUCUAUGUCUAUGGCAUGUCCUGUUUUAACCCGAGCUCAGGCAAAAACGGGUGUCCAGCCUCUGCCGGACUUGGACAGUAGUCUGUGUGAGGGGGGCACCAAGGGGCCCAAGAAGUCCCGCCGUCAGAGGCGGUUUGAGAAACAAAUGUGGUCUGCUAGUCCUGAAGAUGUUUUACCUUUGUGUUGGAAUGUGCCUGACAAUGUUGGUGGGCAAGGAUACAAAGAGUUGUCUGGGACGGGAGAGGUUUGUCAUUGA